GUACAAGUAACGGAUCAUACGUCAGAACGAAUCUACAGUUUCCCGAGACGAAUCUACUGGACCCCACGGCCUACUCUGCAGCAUCCCUUGCCUCCGCGUCUCUGUUGUACAACAGCUGGCUCGCCCAGUCAAAACCUGGACAGAUAUUUGGCCUUCAAGCACCAAAACCUUGUGGAAGAAGAUCUCGGAAACCAGGUAUUGAUAGGAAACCAAGGCAAGCUUACAGUGCUAAACAGCUUGAAAUGCUUGAAACGGAAUUCAAGGUUAACAAAUACUUGAGUGUAAGCAAACGGAUGGAUUUGUCCCAGAAGUUAAAUCUUACGGAGGUGCAGAUCAAAACGUGGUUCCAGAAUCGACGCACAAAAUGGAAGAAGCAGCUGACUUCGCGUUUCAAAAUGGCCCAGCGACAGGGUCUGUUUCCACCAGCAUAUUUUCCAACUACGCAGUUUCAGCUGCUUCCCUACUACGCUGCGACGCCACUUGCAUUUGUCACGAAUGGACCUCGUGGUACCGAAGACGUUGGCAUCAUAAACAAUUGCGAUUUAAAAAAUUGUAGCAGCAAAUUCAAAACUUGA